UCGCGGCGCGGCGUUGGGCACCACGGCACCAUCCAACAGUCACCACGCCUGACGCCUCCCAAACCAAAACCCUCUCCGUUCUCCGGUCCGGCGCCGCGGCCCGCAGCGAUGGCCUUCACGGGAGGCCGCGGCAUCAUGGAAGAGAUCUUCGCCUGCAUCCCCACCCAGCCCAUCCCCUCGCCCGCCGAAGGCUCCGUUUCCGCCGCCGCCUGCUCCGUCGUCGGUGGAGCCGAGGCCGACGAGGACCGCAUCAGCCGCCUGGCGGACGCGCUGCUCUCCAACAUCGUCUCCCGCCUCCCCAUCAAGGACGCCGCCCGCACCACCGCGCUCUCCCCGCGCUGGCGCCGCGUCUGGGCCUCCACGCCGCUCGUCCUCGACGACGCCCACCUCCUCCAGGACCCGGACCAACCCGACGACGGCCCCUUGGGCUUCGGCACCGACUGGCGCUCCAUCGCCGACGCUGUCUCCAGCGUCCUCGCCGCGCACCCGGGCCCCUUCCGCUGCGUCCGCCUCACCAACGUCUGCAGGUACGCGGCGGCGCGCGACCGCGGCGCGCUCGCGCGCGACUGGCUCCGCGUCCUCGCGGCCAAGGGCGUCGACGACCUCGUUCUCGUCUGCCCUCGCUGGCCCUUCAAGGCGAAAAUCCCCGCCGACAUCCUCCGCGUCGCCUCCCUCCGCAGCCUCUACCUCGGCCUCUGGGACGAGUUCCCCGGGAGCACCAAGUCCCUCCACCGCGGUAACGUUGUCUUCCCCCACCUCCUCGAGCUCGGGCUCUGCCGCACCGACAUCAAGACCGCGGACAUCGACCACCUCCUCCAGUGUAGCCCCCACUUGGAGAAGCUCGCGCUCGUUGCCUGCGACAACUCGCCGGACUGCGUUCGCGUCCGCAGCCGGAGCCUCCGUUGCGUGCUCUUCUGGAUGUCCGUCGCCAACGAGGUCAAUGUGCUCGUCGUCCCGCGCCUCGAGCGGCUUAUCCUGUGGAGUGAGUGCCCCGGUGCCCGUCUCGAUGAUGACUUCCGCACCAGGCUCAACAUUGGUUACGUCCAGGAGCUCAAGGUGCUCGGCUACCUGGACCUAAGGAUCCACGUGCUCGAGAUCUCCAACACUAUCAUCGAGGCUGGGACAAAGCCGAGCCCACGUACCAUUGUUCCAAGUGUCAAUAUCCUGGCUUUGAAGGUCCGGUUUGGAGUUCGCAAGGAAGCUAGAAUGCUGCCAAGCUACCUCAGAUGCUUUCCCAAUGUGGUGACAUUGCAUAUCAUGUCGGAUGAAGCUGAUGAACCCACGGGCAAGCUCAACUUCAAGUUCUGGCAGGAAGCUGGACCCAUCAGCUGCCUUCAGUCCCAAAUCAAGAGGGUGGUGUUCAAGAACUUCAGAGGGAACCGCAGUGAGCUUGCAUUCCUUAGGUUCAUCUGGGAGAGAGCACAGCUGUUGCACAAGAUGGUGAUUGUUUUGGCCGAUGGAGAUGAUCCUGCUUCGUUGGACCAGAUGGUAGCCAAACUGAAACCUCUGGCUUGUGCAAAGCGGGCCAGCAAAGACCGCAAGUUGACCAUCUUGGUGCGUAAUGGAGGAUGCGUAUGGAGCUUCCACAGAGCAUCUGAUCUUUCUGUGAGCGACCCUUUUGAUUGCUGAAGUUCUAGGUGUUGGCUGUUAUGUUUCUCUGAUCGCAGAGCCAUUUUGCUGAACUGGCAGCUUUCCCAUUUCACCAUCUAUCAAUUGCAGGACAUAUUUGGAUCGCCGGCUUAUUUGUUGUCUAGAUUGCUUAUUGUCGUCUCAAAAAAAAAUACGUUAUAUUAGGUUUGAACAUGAGACAGGCUAGUUAGCCCAUGCUGCUUAAGGUUUCAAAUUAGCUACAGUUUAUUUCUUUGCGAUGCAAUGCUCAGAUGCCUUUUUGGUUGUUGGUCGAAAUGAACUAGUUCCAUUCUUGCUACUUGUUAUAGAUUGUCAGCUUUGAGCGCAAAUGCUCACAAACUGGUGAAACCUGUUUCAUUGAGUACUUUUCCGUUGUGCCCACAG